UUCUCUUCUAUUGACUGCAUAUCAUGUUAUAGAAAUGUUUCGAUAAUUUGUAGCACUAGAAGGUUGCAAGGAAGGGCAGUAAUUGUAAUCAGAAGACACACAUCACAGCGAAGUAAGUGUGGUGAUAUCGCUGCAGACUUUCUGGUUUAGAGGAGAUGCAAAAUAAGACUCUGAAGAUGAUUCGUGCUCAUUAGUGUAGAAUACGGUGUGACAGUGGUGCGCAAUUCGAGGAUACGAUUUCACGCUCACCGUCUGUUCUGACGUUAUCGGGAACCUCAGAGGUGCCGGGGAACAGGUCGGUUGCGUGAGACACUGGAGUGAAGAGCUAGUGAGCUCCGGGAAGGUACCGGCAGAGCAGCGAUGGCGGCGGUGCUGUCUCUGGCGAAGAUCGCGGCGGCGGUGGCGCAGCAGACGCAGCUGCACCGCCUCCGCUCGCAGGAGCCGCCACCGGAGGCGGGGGCCGGGCUGGCGGCGGCCAUCGGCCUCAUGCUGCCGAGCGACCGCGCCUGGCGCAUGGACAACUACUUCCGCCUGGUCACCAGGCAGCGCGCCAUAGCGGCCUCUGGACAGAUGGCGAGCCCGGUGGUGAUGGCGCCGCCCGCGGAGACGCAGCCGCUGUGGGGGUGUGCGGGGGUGGCGACCCGGCGGCCGCUGGCGGAGGCGCGCGAGCGCAGGCCCGCGGGAAGGCCGGCGCAGGACAUCGCCAAGGCUGGCCGCCUGCUGGCCGCGCCGCCGCUGCCCGUGCACUUCCAGGACGAGGAGGACAUGCGGCGCGUCUACGCCCUCAUCUACGACGUCUUCCGCUAUAAGAGCGUGAUGGACCAAGCCCUCAUAGACGUGUCGUUCUUCCAGCUAAAUCCACAUCUGCGGGGCCAGCGCAGCCAGGUGUGGCUGCUGCUGUUCGACCUGUGGCAGCGCGACUUCAAGGCGCGGGAGCCGUCCCCGCUUCUCGCGCAGGCCGGGCUCGCCGACGCCGAGGCUGCGCUGUGGGCGGCGCACGUGCGCCUGGCGGCCGCUCUCGCGCGCAUGCGCAUCAAGCACCGCGCUCCGCGCCUCGAGCUGCUGCUGCCGCCGCACCUGCGCGACCACCGCGUCGUCGCCAUCGACAGCGCCUUCGUCUCCGCCUGGCUCAACCCCUUUCGCACCAGAGACAAGGUGCCCCUGCAGCUGCUGGAGGAGGCGGGUCUGCGGCCGCUGGCGGUGGGCGAGUUCCACCUCACACGGGACACCUUCACGGCCGACGGCGCCUGCCCCAGGGUCAUCCUGUUCCACCCAGACCGGCGCGCCGACCUGGCCCAGAGCCGCGUCGUGCGCGACUACCAGCUCAUCCUGCAGGACCGCACGUUUUGUCUGGGCCCGUCCGCAAUGGCGCGCACGCUGCGGAAACUGGAGCUGCGCGGCUGCGUGGCGCAGACGCACAUCAACUCGGCGCGCACCACCGCCUACCUGGCCGCCCUUCUCUCUGACGACGACAGCGUCCACAAGCUGCUGGCCUUCGGCGCCGGAGACAGGAAGGAGGAGUACGAGGCGUACCUGCGAGCGCUGGGAGUGCAGAACGUGGAGGUGCACGCCGAGAGCUUCGUGGAGGCGGCGGCGCAGCACACGGCCUCUGCCAGGGUUGCCGAGGAGGACACGGAAACCGCGAUCUCCGAAGACAUCGUAAAUUUGUCAGGCGACAGCGCAGCGCUUACAGCGUCAGAGGAGAUGUGGUCGGCGAGUGGCGACGAGGGCCCGCUGUCGUCAGUGGUGGCGGUGCUGGCGACGCCGCCCAGCACGUACUCCGGCGUCGCAGACCCGGUGGAGCUGGCGUGCUCGCGCGGCGGCGACCUGUCAGUGCUGCAGCUGCUCACAGACAGCGACGCGGGAUCCGCCGCCAGGGGGCGCGUCGCAGCCAUCCUCGACGAGCAGCGACAGACGCUGCUGCGCGCCAUGUCGCGGCCACAGAUCCAGGUGGUGCUGUACGAGACGCACUCUAUCGUGGCUGCGGAGAACAGUGACAUGGUGUCGAGGCUGGUGCGCGAGGUGAACCACGCGGCGCUGGAGCGGCACGCCGAGGAGCGUGGGAGGCCCCUGCAGCCCGGGGUGCCGCCUCCAGACCACCUCUUCCAGGACCUCCAGGUGCCACCCUGCGAUCUGUUCGAAGUUGGUACACUCCCUGAUAUGGGCCCCAAUGGCGAAGAUCACCAUAACUUCGAAGAAGAGGGUUGCUAUCUGGCCGUCCUCCAGCGAAAGGAGGUGGUGCGGCUCGACAACAAGUACAUGAUCGACAUAGCGGAGUCACGCGGGCUGUUCGGCAUUCCGGCGGGCGCCAAGAAGUCGGCGGCCGGGCGGCGACGGCGCGAGCAGGCGGCGGCGUCGGCGGCGGCGUCGGCGGCGGCGGCGUCGCAGGGCAGCAGCGGCAAGAGGCGGCGCAGCGCGGCGGAGCUGGAGCGGCUGGCCAGGCCGACGCGCGCCUCGCUGCUGCGGUCGGCGGUCGGCCUGGAGGGCGACGCGGCCACGUGCCCGCGCAUGGAGGCGCACCUGCGCGCCUGGAGGGGCGCGGACGCGCGCCGCUGGUGGCGAGAGGCGGCGCGGCACGUGGCCGGGGGGCAGCCCGGCCCGCUGCGGCUCACCAGGACGCGCCGCAGGCCCAACCGGCCGCCGCUCGCGCUGCCCGUCACCUCGCUGCCCACGUCGCCCGCCGACAGCGGGCCGCAAUAG